AUGGCAGACGACGGAAGAGUCCGGACGGUGAGGUCGGAGAUGAAGGAGCUGAUCAAGACGAAGGAGGAGCUGGAUCGAGCCAAGGACGAAGCGACGCAGUCCUGGCUCGAUUCGAAGCCGCUGAUCGACGAGCUGGAGAAGCUGCAGUCCGAAUUGGACGCGGCCAAAAGCAGGGGAUCGGCGGCGAGCGCGGCGGUGUUGGAAUUGCAGUCGGAGGUGGAGGCGAAUCACCGGGAGGUGAGGUCGAAGAUGGAGGACGAGGUGAAGGCGAUGAAGGCGACGAACGAGCUGACCCUGGCGGUGGACCUGACCUGCAAGGACCUGGAGGCGAUCAAGGCGGAAGCCGACGAGCAGCGGAGGGAGCGGCGGAAGCUGAAGCAGGUCCUCCGGAUGCGGCGGCAGAGCCUCCGCGCGCUUCAAUUGAAGCUCCGCGCGGUGCGGAUCGAGGCCGCGGCGUUCGCGGCUUCGGCGGGGGACGCGGCGGCGGUCAUUGCUCUGUCGGCCGAGGCGGUGGAGGAAGAGGACGGCGGUGGGAGGGUGGAAUUGAGGGCGGAGGAAUACGAGGCGCAGACGAGGAGGGCGCAGGAGGAGACGGCGCUGUCCCGGUGGAGAGUCUCGGUUUCGGUGGAGCAGAAGCUCGCGGCGGAGGCCAGCCGGAAUAUUGCUCUGGCGAGAUUGAAGCAGGUGUACAGUAAUUCGAGCAAUUUUAACAAGGUUAACGGAGGGAAGAGCCGGAGGAAGGCGGCGAGGUGGGAGGAGGAGGAGGAGGAUGUGAUCGUGGCGGACGAGGAGGUUAUGGCGGCGCCGGCGGGGAUUAAAGGAGGAGCGAGGAGCGAUGUAGUGGAAGAGGAGGCGGCGGCGACGGGGGAUUCGAGCGGCAGAGCUGGAGAACAGAUUGUGAUUCCGAAAGCUAGGGCCCGGGCGAUGGCGGCGGAAUCGAAUCGCAGGAGGCUGCCGCGACCUCCGGCGAGGAGAUCGGCGAGUCAGGGUAGUAGCGGGAGGAAGAGAGUGGUGAAGAAGAGAAGCAAGCCGUCGUUUUUCGCCAAGGUUUCGAGCUUCAUAAGGGGAAUUAAGAAAUGGUUCCGCUGA